AUGGGACCUCUGGGAGGAAAGAUCACUCAUCCCCAGUCAGAGCUGAAGAAGUUGUUCAAACGCCACAGGGUAUUAAGCCGUGUUCGGCUGUGCCAGGUGGUCAGGGCUGUGAUAAACGAAGGCCUGACUGCAAGGCACCUCCUCAAGAGGCGAGCGUCCAGUGCUCAUGCCAACAUCAUACGAUCUGGGAAGAAACACAAGCAACUCUUGCAGCAGAUCCAAAUUAUCCAGAAAGAAAAAGCAGCCAUGGAAGUGGAAGUCCCCUCCAAGUCAACCAGGAGGAGUGAGCUACAGCCCAAAUGA